AAAAAUAUGUCUGUAUCUCUCAAAGUCUCCAAUAGUUCCAAAUUCCAGGUCUCUGAGUUUAUUCUUCUGGGAUUCCCAGGCAUUCACAGCUGGCAGCACUGGCUCUCCCUGCCACUGGCACUACUGUAUUUCUCAGCAAUUGGUGCAAACGUUCUCAUUCUCAUCACCAUCUCCCAGGACCAUUCUCUUCAACAGCCCAUGUACACUUUCCUAGGCAUCCUCUCUGUGGUGGACAUGGGCUUGGCCACCACCAUUAUGCCCAAAAUUCUGGCCAUCUUCUGGUUGGAAGCCAAGGUCAUUAGCCUCCCUGAAUGUUUUGCUCAAAUGUAUGCCAUUCAUUGUUUUGUGGGCAUGGAGUCUGGUAUCUUCCUCUGCAUGGCUUUUGAUAGAUAUAUGGCAAUAUGUCACCCUCUUCGCUACCCAUCCAUUGUCACCAAUUCCUUAAUCUUAAAAGCUACCUUGUUCAUGGUGCUUAGAAAUGGCAUGUUUGUUAUUCCAGUGCCUGUGCUUGCAGCUCAGCGUGAUUAUUGCUCCAAGAAUGAAAUUGAGCAUUGCUUGUGCUCUAACCUUGGGGUCACAAGUUUGGCUUGUGAUGACAGGAGACCAAACAGCAUUUGCCAGUUGGUCCUGGCAUGGCUUGGAAUGGGGAGUGAUCUAAGUCUUAUUAUGUUGUCAUACAUUUUGAUUCUACACUCUGUACUUAGACUGAACUCAGCUGAAGCUGCAGCCAAGGCUCUAAGUACUUGUAGCUCUCAUCUCAUCCUCAUCCUCUUCUUUUACACUGUUGUUGUAGUGAUUUCAGUAACUCACCUGGCAGAGAUGAAGGCUACUUUGAUUCCAGUUCUACUCAAUGUGCUGCAUAACAUCAUUCCCCCUUUUCUCAACCCUAUAGUUUAUGCACUUAGGACCAAAGAACUUAAGGCAGGCUUCCAAAAGGUGUUGUUUGCCCUUACAAAAGAAAUAAAACACUAG